CUAUCUCAAGGUUCUCUUUGUCCCUUAUCGUUUCACGUUCUUACUUUCUCGCCAUUCUCCACCACCAAGAAAAGGAUAGAAAAUCGCCGAGAAAAUUUUCAGAGUUUCUCAGAAAAUCUCACACAUCACAACACAAACACAGUGUUCAAGCUCCAUACACACCAAUUUCACCUUCAACAAUCCACGGUUUCUCCUUCCUCACUGUUCAUGGCGUCGCUCUUCGAUCUGAUUCGCCGCCUUUGAAAUUCUUCCCCUCCGUUUGUUUCCUCUUGUGAAAUCGGCAGGUUUUGUCCUCCCGGUGGCGUUUUUCGUCCUGGUGCUGCGCGGAAGCCCUAGAUUGGCGUGCGGCGCGGCUAAUUUGUGCUGCCGCGUGCGGUUUCUUGCUCGAUCUGCGGGCGGCGUUGGUUGUUUCAGCUCUGCGAACCCUAGAUUUGCCGCGUUGUUUUGAUUUUGGCGGUGCCGCGGGAUCUGGAGCGGUGCGGUUGUGGUGUUGUUUUGCGUGCUGCGUUUGAGCGGUGAAUACGGUUUUUGCUGGUCUAUGCUGUGGCUGCCCAUGCUAUUGGGUUGAUUUUUGAUGCCGCCUGAACCAUUGCCUUGGGAUCGAAAGGACUUCUUCAAGGAGAGGAAGCACGAGAGGUCCGAGUCGGUUGGGUCCGUCGCGAGAUGGAGAGAUUCUUCUCAUCACCGGGACUUCCACCGCUGGGGAUCGGCCGAGUUUCGCAGACCGCCUGGUCAUGGUAAGCAGGGUGGUUGGCACCUGUUUUCCGAGGAAUCUGGCCAUGGGUACGCGGGUUCUCGGUCCGGCGACAAGAUGGUGGAGGAAGAUAGUCGGCCAUCGAUCUCACGUGGUGAUGGAAAAUAUGGCAGGAGCGGUAGCAGGGAAAAUAGAGGUUCCUCUGGGCCGAGAGAUUGGAGAGGACACUCAUGGGAAAACUCUAAUGGCUCUCAGAAUUUUUCCAGGAGGCCACCAGAUGUGAAUAAUGACCAGAGGUCAGUUGACGAUACCCUAGCGCAUUCCUCUCAUCCACAUUCUGAUUUUGCGAAUAACUCUUGGGAUCAGCAUCACUUGAAAGACCAGAAUGAUAAGAUGGGUGGUUUCAAUGGGACGGGAACAGGCCCCAGAUGUGAUAGGGAGAAUUCUCUCGGUGCAGCUGACUGGAAGCCACUUAAAUGGACCCGUUCUGGAAGCUUGUCUUCUCGAGCCUCGGGUUUUAGCCACACAAGUAGCUCAAGGAGCAUGGGAGGGGCGGAUUCCUAUGAAGUGAAGGCUGAAUUGCAACCGAAAAAUGCAACUGCUAGUAAGUCGCAUUCAGGGGAAGCUGCUACUGCACGUGUGACAUCUUCUGCGCCAUCUGAAGAUACAACUUCUAGAAAAAAGCCUAGGCUAGGUUGGGGUGAAGGACUUGCAAAGUAUGAGAAGAAAAAAGUUGAGGGGCCUGAAUUAAGUGUUAACAAAGAUGGCCCUGUCUCGUCUACUAGUAAUAUGGAACCUUGUAAUGUCUUCAGUCCCAACUUAGUAGAUAAAAGCCCAAAACUUACUGGGUUUUCAGACUGUGCAUCUCCUGCAACGCCAUCUUCUGUUGCCUGCAGUUCCUCACCAGAACCUAACUUCAGCCUUGUAGCAGGUGUGGAUGAUAAAUUAUUCAGCAAGAGUGCAAACGUGGACAGUGAUUUUAGUAAUUUGACUGGUUCGCCUGCUCCUGGGUCCCAGAAUCAUCUGCAGAAGUUCUCUUUUAACUUACAUAACUUGGAUAUUUAUUCCUUGAAUAAUUUGGGGUCUUCAAUUGUUGAUUUGGUACAAUCUGAUGAUCCCAGUUCUGUGGAUUCUGGUUUAGGGAGGUCCAGUGCAAUUAAUAAGUUGCUGAUAUGGAAAGCUGACAUUUCGAAGGUAUUGGAGAUGACUGAAACUGAAAUUGAUUCGCUUGAAAAUGAACUCAAGUCUCUUAAAUCUGAACCUGGUGAUAAAUGUCCACCAGCACCGGGCUCACAGGUGGUCGGUAACAAUGAAAUUUUUUGUGAAGAUCUUGCUGGAGUCAAUAAGGUCACUCGGCCAGUACCCUUGAAAAUUGUUUCUUCUGAUGAGCCCGAUGUAGAGAAGAUGCCUCAGUCUAAUAAUUUACAUAGUAUUCAUGAAAAUGCCAAUGAAGAGGAUAUUGAUAGUCCUGGAACAGCAACUUCUAAAUUUGUUGAGCCUCUGCCUUUGAUUAAAGCAGUUUCGUCAUGUGAAGCCAGGGGAUAUGAUAACUUCUCUGCAGAUUUGAAUGCUCGUCAGUCUGCAGCCGUAAAAUCCUUAGUCCCUUGUACUACUAGGAGAAAUGCUAGUGUAUCUGCUUGUGGUGAUAGCAAUACUUCUAUGGAGGUGAAGGUUAGCUUGGAUGCUUCCUCUGGAGCAAGCUUAAGUUAUAGCUCGGAGGAUAUUUACAAUACAAUUAUUUCUUCAAAUAAAGAAAUUGCUGACAGAGCACAUGAUGCAUUUGCUAAGUUAUUGCCCAAAGAAUGUUGUAAGAUUGAUAAUGUGGGGGCUAACAACGGCUCAUGCACUGGUGGAUUAAUUGUGGAAAAAAUUGCUGAGAAAAAGCAGUUUGCAAGAUUUAAGGAGAGAGUUAUCGCACUUAAGUUCAAAGCCCUGCAUCAUGUGUGGAAAGAAGAUAUGCGCUUACUGUCUAUGAAGAAAUGCCGCCAAAAAUCUCACAAGAAAAAUGAACUUAGUGUGCGAACUACCUAUAAUGGCAAUCAGAAGAAUCGGUCCUCCAUCCGGUCACGUUUUACUUCCCCUGCAGGAAAUCAUCUAAGCAUGGUCCCAACAUCAGAGAUAAUUAAUUUUACAAGCACGCUGCUUUCAGAAUCCCAAGUCAAAGCUCAGAGAAACGCCCUGAAGAUGCCAGCAUUGAUUUUGGAUGAAAAGGAGAAGCUGAUUUCAAAGUUCAUAUCUAGUAAUGGGCUGGUUGAAGAUCCGUUGGCUGUGGAGAAAGAAAAGGCUAUGAUCAAUCCAUGGACAUCUGAGGAGAGAGAAAUUUUCUUGGAGAAAUUUGCUGCCUUGGGAAAAGAUUUUCGGAAAAUCGCUUCUUUCCUUGACCACAAGACAACUGCUGAUUGUGUUGAAUUCUACUACAAGAACCAUAAAUCUGAUUGUUUUGUGAAGCUUAAGAAGGAAGGUCUUUGUAAGCUAGGAAAGUCAUUUUCAGCUAAAACAAGUUUGGUGGCAUCAGGUAAAAAAUGGAAUCGUGAAGUUAAUGCUGCAUCGCUUGAGAUUUUGAGUGCAGCUUCAGUGAUGGCAGACGGUAUGUCAGGCAAUAAAAAAAUGCGUUCAAGAAGUUUCCUUUUGGGGGGAUAUGGCAAUGUAAAAAAAUCUAAGGGUGAAGACAGCUUCAUAGAUAGAUCAAGCAGUUUUGACAUUCAUGGGGAUGAAAGAGAGACUGCUGCUGCAGCUGAUGUAUUGGCUGGUAUAUGUGGCUCUCUUUCAUCUGAGGCCAUGAGUUCCUGCAUCACAAGUUCAGUUGAUCCUGUAGAUGGCAACACGGAUAGGAAGUUCUUGAAAGCUAAUCCUUUGUGCAGAAAACCCUUGACACCUGAUGUUACUCAGAAUGUUGAGGACGAGACUUGUUCAGAUCAGAGCUCGGAUGAAAUGGAUCUUUCCGAUUGGACAGAUGAUGAGAAGGCAGCUUUACUUCAGGCUGUAUCAUCUUUUGGUAAGGAUUUUGCAAAGAUAGCACGGUGUGUGGGAACGAAAUCCCAAGAACAGUGCAAAGUUUUCUUCAGCAAGGCUCGGAAAUGCCUUAGGUUAGACCUCAUGCACCCUAUACCUGGAAAUGGCAGGUCUUUAGGGAAUGAUGAUGCAAAUGGUGGAGGUAGUGACACAGAUGAUGCGUGUGUUGUUGAGACAGGCUCAGCAGUAGGCACUGAUAAGUCUGGCACUAAAACAGAUGAGGAUCUGCCUUCUAUGAAUGCAUUCCAUGAUGAAUCCAACCCUGUCGAACCUAGGAACCUGUCUGCUGAAUUGAAUGAAUCAAAGGAAAAUAAUUUGACAGCUGUAGAUCUUGAAGACAUAAAUUUGAUUUCUGAUGCUUGUGCAAUUAAGGUGGAAUCCAAACUGGGCUCUGAUGAUGAUAGUGAAGUUGUCUUGGCAAGUCCUGAUAAGUCUGCCUCAGUUAGUGAGCGAGCAGCUAUGAUUAUGUCUGGUAGCAUAGAAGGCGGAAAAGAAAGAGCAAAUAAAUUGGGAGGUGCAGAAUUGAUUUCUGCUCCAGAGGUUGUUGAACUGCGCGAGUGUAAUUCUGUACCCGCAGAUAGACUAACCUCUGAGGUUUCUUUGGGGGGUCUUGGAAAUAAAUUGAAGACACAGAGAGUGUUGUCACCCCAUUGUUUUGAUGACAGAGAUGAUAAACAUGAAGCUAAUACAGGUGUGGUUGAAUUGAAAAGCUCUGUGCAAGAUUCAAGCACUUCACUAAAUGUCUCACUCUCAUCUGUGGGCAGUUCUUAUUCAGGAUUGUGUUUCGAUAGUGAAAAUAAGCAUGUCUUUGUUGGAAAGCCUCCUAUCUCAGCAUUAUCUUUGAAGGAAUUUCAUCCAACUGCAAAUUCAUUGUUGCAAAAUGCUGCUGCUGAUGUUCAAUCUGAGAAAGCAGCUAGUCAAGUUCAACUGUCCUCUACUUCUGACAUUCAGGGAAUUAGAGAUAUGCAUUGUCAUAACCCCAUUAGCAAUGGUGAUCAUCAGCUUCCUCUUCCUGGGAACCAUCUUAUGGCUAGUAUCCUGCAGGGCUAUCCCUUACAAGUGCCCAUUAAGAAGGAAGUGAACGUGAAUAUGAAUUGCAGCGGUUCAGCAACUGAGUUGCCUCUUCUGUCCCAAAAGAUUGAACAGGCUGAUGAUCAUUUCAAAACAACAUUACGGCGUCCUUCAGAUUCAGAAAAGGCAUCCAGAAAUGGUGAUGUGAAGCUUUUUGGAAAAAUACUAACCAAUCCUUCAUCCACUCAGAAGCCAAAUUUGACUACCAAGGGAAUUGAAGAAAACGGUACCCAUCAUCCUAAGUUAAGCAACAAGUCUUCUAGUCUGAAAUUUUCUGGCCACCAUAACACUGAUGGACAUUUGAAAAUUUUGAAGUUUGACCGAAAUGACCAUAAUGAUUAUCUUGGCCUUGAAAACGUUCCCAUGAGGAGUUAUGGUUUUUGGGAUGGGAACAGAAUACAGACCGGUCUCUCAGCAUUGCCCGAUUCGACCAUCUUGCUAGCAAAAUAUCCUGCUGCUUUUAGUAAUUAUCCUGCAUCUUCUGCCAUGUUGGAGCACCAGUCAUUGCAGACAUUUGCUAAGAAUAAUGAACGGCACCUGAAUGGAGCAUCUGCUUUUACAACUAGAGACAUCAAUGGCAGCAAUGCUGUGAUUGAUUAUCAAAUGUUCAGAAGUAGAGAUGUCAAGCACUGCCAAGAUGUAUUCACUGAUAUGCAGAGAAGAAAUGGUUUUGAAACAAUCUCUAGUUUACAGCAGCAGGGGAGGGGAGUGAUUGGAAUGAAUGGUGUUGGAAGACCUGGGAUUCUUGUUGGAGGAUCUUGCAGUGGUGUCUCGGAUCCUGUGGCAGCAAUCAAAAUGCACUAUACCAAUUCUGACAAGUAUGGUGGUCAGACCGGGAGCAUCACAAGAGAGGAUGAAUCUUGGGGAGGGAAAGGAGACUUAGGAAGGUAGUAGAUGUGCUGAGCGGCAAAUAUCGUUUGUCGCGUCCUGUAUUAUAGUUUACGUUAAUUGCUCAAUAGUGUAGGGUUGAUUUAAUGGUUCACAAGCCUUUUUUUUUCCGUAAAGUAUUAGGUGCAUGUAAUAUGGCAGCAGCUUUGUAUUUUGUUGUAUUUGAUGAAAAUACAGAAAUAAUCUCUCAAAAAGUUAGGAGGGGCUUUUGCCAUUACCAUUGCA